AUGUUUAGCACAUCUUCCCUAUUUCGAUCCAAAGGAGUUAAGGAACCAACUAUCACUGAAUAUUAUACACUCGAUGUGGAUGAUGAAACAACCUAUAAGAGAAUCGAUCAGAAGAAAACCAUCUUAUCGAAUUUGUAUUGUCGAAUCAUGAUUGGAUUAUCAAUUACUUGUUGUUUACUAUCUUUUGGAUUUUUAACCAAGUGUCCAUAUUUUGAGGAACCAACAUCACAGUGGCAUGAUAAAUUGAAGAAGUAUUUUGUGGAUCAGGGAAAUUAUGAAACUGUUAGUUUUAUGAGUAGAGAUGCUGAUUGGAUUGAGGGAGGAAUUGGAAAAGUGAAAGUGGUUGGAACUCUUUACAAACAACCAAUUAUCAAUUCAACAUCAAGAUUUAUAGUCACAGUUCAUGGAUACACAGCUUGUAGAUUUAAAUACGAAACCAUGUUAGCGAGUACAAUGCUGUAUCAUAUGGGAUUUAACAUUUUACAGAUCGAUUUGAGAAAUCAUGGAGAUACUGGAAUAUUUAAAAAAUUACCGUAUGCUUCCUUUGGAUCUUUUGAACAUUUGGAUGUUUUAGGAGCUUUGGAUUAUCUUCAACAAAAAUAUCCAUUUUUGGAUAAUAACUCUUUUGGAAUUUUUGGAACUUCGAUGGGAGCUGCAACUUCACUCAUUGCAUUCUCAAAAGAUAAACGAAUCAAACAAGCUUUCGUUGACAGUCCUCCAAUUGACAUAUUCGAAACAAUUCAUGAUGGAGCAAAACAAAUUGUAGGAAGUUCUGUUGCUAGAAUUGCCAUUGAUGCUCUCAAAAGUAUCGUUCCUCAUAAGGCUCAAUUGAUGGGAUUUCCUCCAUUUCACAAUGAUGUGAAAUCAUUAUUGGAGAAGGUUGACUUGUCAAAUGACAGGAAAAUAUUCUUGAUGCAUGUAGAGGGCGAUUUGGUUGUUCCAACAUUUAAUUAUUACGAAUUUUGGAAAGCUGUAAAUACUUCCCUUGUAAAUAACAAGUAUUCACCUUCUAGUGUGGAAACUUUCCUUGGGCAAGUUGACUAUUCCUACAAUGACAGAACAAGAAAGCAUUGUAGCAAACAUUUAAAUAGAAGAAGUUGGUCUAUUGAAAUCAAAUAA